AUGGAGCAGAACACAGCUCAUAAACUUGUUGUCAAUCCUGAGCAGUCAGGGGGCAUGAUUGCAGUUGCCACGAGGACUCCGAAAGGUGACAACCUCCAGUUCACGCAAGAGAAGAGGCCGUCCCCUCCGCCGAGGGACUCCUCACCCCACGAAAUGUACAGCUCGGACGAUUCCUCCCCUCGGGCCUGGCGCCAUCGCAGCCCGUCCGUGACCAUCGACGUCAGCGGCCUGGCGAAUCCAGACAAGAUGCGCCGCUCCUUCCGUGAGCACUCACCCUCUCCCAGCCCUACACCCCGCCGCCGGUCGCCCCCACCCCGGAGGCCGUCACCAUCCAGGCGUUAUUCUCGAUCUCGCUCCCGCUCCAACUCGAGGCCGCCCCCUCCAAAGGCCCCUGAGCCCAAGCCAAGCCCCGGCUUUGGCUCGAUCCGAGAGGAGAAGCUGUACAUCCUGCUGACGUUGAAGCGGAUGAAGGCAGAGGGCGUGGAGGAGGUCUCUGACUACACGAUCGACUCUGACAUUGAGGAGAUGCGGAUGGAGCUCCGCACCCUGCAGGAGGACCAGAUGAUGACCAACGGGAUCGAGAGCUGCCGGACCGCUCUCAUCACGGUCACAACGGGCCUGGAGAUCAUGAACAAAAAGUACAAUCCGUUUGAUCUCGACCUGGACGGCUGGAGCCAGAGCAUCUUUGAGAGCAUCGAACGUUACGAUACGGUCCUCGAGAGGCUUGUGAAGAAGUAUGGCAAGCGGGUGUCGGCAAUCUCCCCAGAGAUCCAGCUCAUGCUCAUGCUCUGCGGCUCUGCGGCCAGCUUCUGCUUCACAAAGAGCAUGAUGAAGGCCGCCCAGCCCACCAUGACCAGGAUUGCAGAGGAGAACCCCGAGCUCGUCCGUAAGAUGAUGCAGGGCAUGGCCCCUCCAGCAGCCCAGCCUCAGGGGGUUCCAGCAGUGCCGGUAGUGCCCGUUGUCCCCGUCGCAACACCGGUCGUUCCAACCGCGUCCGUCCCUGUCCCGCAGAGCUCUCGGUAUGCGGAACCUCUGGAGCGAUUCGUGAGACCUGCCCCGCAGGCGCCAAACCCCUCGGGUGGCGAUGAUGCUAGCAGCGUCAGCCUAUCUCUCGCGGGAGACGCCGAGGUCUCCGGACUGAACGACAGCUUCUCUGUCAGCUCGAUAAGCAGCCCAAAGGGCCAGCCAGCCAUUCGGAAGGUUGCUGUCGGAGGCAAGGGAUCUGUCACCAAAAAACGUGGGAGAAUUGAGGUGAAUUUCGAGUAA